AUGGACCUAUUAGCGUAUGCCUCCGAAAUGCAAAACACGACGGUGGGAGACAAAGGCCACGCGCUCGAGGGUGGCUCGCUUCGCUGCCGCUUUUCGGGUCGGCCUCUCUUCGUUUUUCUCAUCGUAGCUGCCGGAAGGACGAAUCGAAAGAUCGGUCCGGCUCGUUCUCGCUCGGUCGAAGCCUCGGGAUUCUCGGACGCGAUCUCGCGUCGAGGGUUCGCGGUCCGGAGGAACCUCCGUCGGGGCCGCGAUUCGGCACGGCCGAGGAAGGGGAAGGCCGCGAAUGCGAAGGAGAUUCGAAGGAGGAAGGCGGAUUCGUCCCGACGAGAAAGAGCAGCCAAGCUGGAGCUGGAAUCCAGGUUCCACGAGGACUUCUCGUCUCUUCACCUCUCCAAUCAAGUUCUUCUCUCCUUGGCCAAAAUUUGUCCCUCCAAGACCGAGGAGAUCAUGGGCGAUCAGCCUCCCAGGGAGAGGCGUCGUUCCGUGAGCCUGUGCGUGGGUUGUGGAUCCCAAAUCCACGACCAGUACAUUCUGAGGGUUGCUCCUGACCUGGAAUGGCAUGCCGCCUGCCUCAAAUGCGCCCAUUGUCAUCAAUUCCUCGAUGAGACCUGUACCUGCUUCGUCCGAGACGGAAAAACCUACUGCAAACGGGACUACGUCAGGCGCCUUGCACGCGCCUUCACGCUCUCGCUCUCACACGUCUUCACCUACCUUACCAAACGCCACCAAGGCCUCUUUUGCAAGGCGGACCACGAGGUCACCGAGAACAAGGUCUCCUCCGAGAAUAACAACAACAAUCCCAACCUGGCCAACAACAACACCAAUCACAGUCCGGCCUCCAACAACAGCUUCUCAGGUGACGACUCGGGGACGGUUCGAGAGCAUCGGAAGGAGGGGAAGGGAAAAGGAGACACCAAAACGACUCGGGUCCGGACGGUGUUGAACGAGAAACAACUUCACACCCUUCGCACCUGUUAUGCUGCCAAUCCCAGACCUGAUGCCCUGAUGAAGGAACAACUCGUCGAGAUGACCGGACUCAGUCCCAGGGUGAUUCGAGUGUGGUUCCAGAACAAGCGAUGCAAAGACAAGAAGAGAUCCUUGGCCAUGAAGCAACUACAGCAGCAAGAAAAGGACGGUCGUCGAUUGGGACUGGGAGGACUUCAAGGAGUGGCAAUGAUCGCGUCGAGUCCCGUUCGUCACGAGAGUCCCAUCGGUAUCCAACCAGUGGAAGUACAAUCCUACCAGCCACCAUGGAAAGCACUGACGGAAUUUGCCAUGCAGGCCGACUUGGAUCGCCUUGACCCCUCUGCUCCUCCCUUCCAGCAUCUCGUCAGUCAGAGGCACUUUUUGAAAACAAAUGCUGAGCCCUCAGCUCCUUGUUGUCGUCAGCCAUCCAUCCCGCCGAAUAUUCGAUUUGUUCGCCCUGGUCGAUUCCUGAUGCACGGGUACGUGGGUGGUGGGGAGAUGGGAGACCUCGGGCCUCCACCCCUUCAGGAACUGAACAGUGGGGGGUAUGAGGGCACCCUGGCACCCGGGCCACCCUCCGACCCUUCCUCCCAUUUCCCUAAUACCCCCUCCGAACUCUCCAGUUGCAACUCCGACUGAGCCCAUCACGUGAUACACUCCACUCUGGAUCCAAAGAUUCCCCACACGAAAGCAUGGCUUUUCUUUUCCUCUCAACCAGCUUUACUGCCUUAUUUAUCAUCAAUCGGGGGUUUUCUACUGCGUCCGUGUUUCUUGGUGCAAAACCCAAAG